AUGGUAGAGACACAAGACAAUGCCGAAAUCUCUUUUGACUCCCUCCCAUUGGAUCCCAGAGGCCCCCGUGGAAAUGCGUGGGGGCGAUUUGGCCCUAGCGAUGAGCUUGGCACAUUAAAUUUACUUACGCCGGAGGUUAUCGUUGAGACUGCGAAGGAGAUUCAGACCGGAGUGCGCAUCUCUCUUGACUGGCCACUCAGCAUGCCCUCCUAUCCGAGCUUCAACCGCAAUCCGUUCAAGCAGGAGAUGAUUCUCCGAACCCCUAAUUGUGUUUAUGAUGAUGUCUUGACUUUCAAUAGUCAGGGUUCGACUCAGUGGGAUGGGUUUAGGCAUUAUGCAAAUCAAAAGUCUCGACAAUUCUAUAAUGGACAUACUACUGAGGACAUUGAAAGUUCAGAUGUGAUUGGUAUUCACGCUAUGGCCGAACACGGUGGUAUCACUGGCCGCGGUAUUCUACUCGAUUAUGCCGACUGGGCUGCCUCAAACUCUGUCUCUGUUUCAGCUCUCGAGUCAGAAGCCAUCACCCUCGAACACCUCAAGCAAGUAGUCAAGGAUUACAGGCUUGAAUUUAAGAAAGGCGACAUUCUAUUCAUUCGCAGUGGCUUCACUGCCGCUUAUAAUCAAUUGAAUGAGCAGCAGCGAAAGGAUAUGCCAAAUCGCUCGUCUCCUGACUUCAAUGGCGUGGAAGCCACCGAGGGAAUGCUUCGGUGGUUAUGGGAUCACCAAUUUGCUGCUGUCGGUGGUGACGCGCCAAGCUUCGAGCGAGCUCCCAUUCGAGGUAGCCACGCGGAUCCUGACUUUAAUCUUCAUGAAUGGGUUCUGGCAGGAUGGGGUACCCCGAUUGGUGAAAUGUUUGAUCUGGAGAAAUUAUCUUCGCAUUGCAAGGCUACUGGAAGAUACAGCUUCUUCCUGUCUAGCAUGCCACUCAAGGUUAUCGGUGGAGUCGCAAGCCCGCCAAAUGCUUUUGCUAUUUUUUAG